AUGGACAAAUAUUACGUAACCAAUCAUAUAGGCGAGGGAGGAUUUGGAGAGUGCUAUUUGAUAGAGACAAAAAAGGGAGAACUUAAGCAAGAAAAGUUGGUGGCUAAAGUGGUUAAUAUGAGUAGAAUGACUGAAAUUGAAAAGAAGAAGUCCAUUCAAGAAAUUAAAAUACUUAAUAUUAUUAACCAUAUAAAUCUGAUAAAAUUAGUUGAGUCUUACACGACUAAAAAUUUACUUUGUAUAAUCAUGGAGCUUGGCGAAUAUGGUAGCUUAGAUGGCGAGAUUGAAGCAAGAAAAAAAGGGGGAAAAGAUAAUAUUUGCUUUGCUGAAGAUGAAAUAUUGUUCAUUUUUCUACAAAUUGUUCUUGGAGUCAAAUACUUGCAUGAUAAUAAUAUUAUACAUUGUGACAUUAAAUCUAAUAAUGUUAUUUUAUUUUCCAACGGAAUGGUUAAACUUUCGGAUUUUGGUAUUUCCAAUAUUUUGUCGUCAAAUAAAGAUGAAUUUAAUAAGUCUGAAAGAUUUUCCAAUCUCUUAAUACAGGGUUCCAUUUAUUAUCUAGCUCCUGAAAUAUACUCAAAUAUGCAACAUGACAAAAAAAGUGAUUAUUGGAGUAUUGGUUGUUUAUUACUCGAACUAUGUUCUUUGGAAAGAGUUUUUAGAAAAUAUUCAAUGCAAGAAAUGAUAAUAUUUUCUGUAAAAAAUGAAGAUCAAUUUAAAAAGGAAGUUAAUAAUCAUAUUGAAAUGUAUGGGGUAAACAAGAGGUAUUCUCAAGAUUUGGUCAACAUAAUUAAAGGCUUACUCAACCCUAAUCCUGAAGAAAGACUAAAUAUUGAUAAACUUUUUCAGUCAAAUAAAUACAUCUUGAAUUUCAUUAACAUGUUUUUAAAUACAUGUAAACAUAAACAUUGGAAUCAAUUCAACAGCAUUUGCAAAGAACUAAGCACUUAUACUACUCAAUUUACUAAUGAAAGAGAUAAAGUUGAUAUAUUAAAACAUCCUUUCUGGAUCAAACAAGAUGUAGAUACUGAGAACAAAAACUCCAAAUUUUUUUUAAAGCAGAGUUUGGAUGAAUGGUUUAAAAGUCAGGAAGUGUUAACUUAUCAUAAUUUCUCAAAAAGCAAAAGCUCAAUAAUUAGUAACCAAAGUUCUAAUAAUAAAGAUAGUGAAACAAAUCCAAAUAAAUACAAAGAAAUUAUUGAUUAUUUUAGACAAAAAGAAAAGAAUAAACAGAAUGGAAGGCGACUUUCUAGAAAGGAAAUAUUAUUGCAACUCGAAACUACUGUUGAAUUCUUUGUAACACAACUUAGUGCUUUUAAUAGUAAAAAAGUUACCACUGAAGAAAUUAUUAAAAGAAAUCUUGCAAGCAAACUUUUUGAUAAUAAUGGUACUAAAAAAUCAACUAAUAGUAUUAGAAACUCUUGUAAACAAAGAAACUCACAAAAACUACCAUCUACAAUUAACAAGACAAAUAGUAAUGCAAGUUUGAGGAAGAACUUAAGAGUUAAAUACGAUAAAGAAAGAGAACAACUUAGAGAAAUUAUGAGAAAAGGAAGAGCAGAAGCCAAGCUGAAGGGAGAUACGGAAAUUAACACAGUAAAAUGA